AUGCCCCCUCGUAUGAGACGACGUAUCACGUCGGCCAGAAGAGAGCAGAUCGAGACGGAGCAGAAGCAACUCUCGCAGGCUAUCGUCAGACCGUUCGAUGUGGUGUCAGGAAUGCCAGUGUCGUACAAUUCUCCACCCCACGGACACUAUGAAGAUGUGCUCAAAAUGCCACUCACCAUCAAGGAUACGGGAGUGUUGUACCGUUCGUUGAUGAAAUCACGAUUCACAUAUGUGUUCUUGUGCCCCAUGUUCAGACUCUACUGGGUCAAGCAAAGCUCAUAUGCUAAAAAGCUCGCGGAGCAGGACAAGCCCAUCCCAAAGACGUUGCGUGACGACAUUCUCAAUGAUAGGGAGCCCAUUUUGAGCUUGGACCUUAGUGCGAGAGAUGUAAUGGUCAAACUUUGUGAUGCAUCGCUCACAUUGGGGCCUCACUCCUUUGAAAUCAGACUAUUCAUUGCAAAGGACGAAAGAUCCGAGAAGAAGAACAAGGACAAGGAAAAGGACAAAGAAACAAAAGACCAGAAGGACACUCCACAAAAUCCAUCUCCACUCAGCUCAACUACAGUUCCAGCUAAGCCACUUGGGUCUUUCAACUCCUCAAACACCACCAGUAGCACAACAGGUUUAGCUACUUCUGCACCUGCUAGCACACCAAAGCCACCAAUCCCCACGAGUACUCCGCCUAGUAUCGGAGUCUCAAGCACUCCCAAACCACCUUCAUUCCUACUUUCAGGCAGCUCUGCAAGUCGUCCUGGAGGUUUUCAACCAACCACUACCCAACCACCUACUUCGACCUUGAACAGAUCAGCUCCGUCCACUCCUACCACAUCUGCUGUAAAACCUUCUCUUCAAUUAGGUGCCAGCUCCUCAACCACAACUACUCCUAAACCACCAACAACCGCACCGUCAUCAACACCUGCACCAGCUCCAAAAAGUGAUUUGACCAAUAUGCAAUCCAUUGAGAACACAAUUAUGAUUUCCAACUUGAAUGCAAUCGCUAGGCAAGAUGAAUCUUUGAACAAGUUAAUGAAAAUUGUUGCACUGGGUUCCGCUUCUCCUCAGCAGAUCGUUACGUUCCAAGGAUAUAUCAAAAGAGCCAGAGAAAUGGGGCCACAACCCCACCAUGCAUAUUUGUUCCAACUGAAUACCACCGAUUCAAAUGGAUACAGAAGACCUUUGAAAGAGAAAAAAGAGAGAAAGCCAGAAGUUCCUAGGGACCAGAAGUUGACUGCUUUUCAGGAGAAGUACGUCAACAAUGCUACCUUGAUUUUUGAGUAUGUGGAAAAUGCAAACGUCAGGUUCAUGUUGCCCAAAGACGCAAUCAUUGAGGUCUUGUCUCCAAAAUUGAUAAAGAAAGACGACGGAACUGAGGAGGAAGAUGAUAACAGAGAUAUGAUUGUUAGUUUUAUAUGGGUGCACAACUGGAAAGAGGUUGAAGUGUAUGAGCAGAAAUUGAAAUUGUAUAAUGAAAAGGUGAAAGAAAGAGAGGAGGAGGAGAGAAAAAAAGAGGAGGAGAAAAAGAAGGAAGAGGAGCAAAGACAAAAAGAAGAAGAGGAAAGAAUUGCAGCUGCAAAUGCGGAAGCUGAAACAGAAAAGACUAAAUCUGAUGAAACUGAAGCUACCACUUCCAAAAAAAAGCCGCCAGCUAGAAAGGCUGCACCCAAGAAACUUGAAAAGCCCAUUGAGCCGGAAGUCAAAUUCACUCCAAUGUCUUUCACUGUCCACGGUAUUCCUUCGAAAUACGUGCCUAUAUUUGUGAAUAGUGUACCCCCUUUGGAAAAAGCACAGGAGAAAAUGACUACCAUUCUCAACACUGGGACAAGAAUCGCCAGUUUUCAUUUAUGGUAUCAAGUCGACGGUAAGUUGGAUGAAAAAUUGGCGGAGGAAGUAAGAAGCCAGUUAGUUCAAGAAGAGAAAAAGAUGACCGGUGUUACCGGAGGUGAUAAAAUAGCUGCGCUGGCAGCCAAGAAGAGAAAGUUG